AUGCAAUGGAAAGCAUCGAGAUGGGUCGGAGGUUUUUCGUCAGGUACAGGUUCGUAUACGGAUGAUCUUGAUUCGCGAAUCGGUUCGAUGACGAUAGCAGACGUGUCACCAAGAGUCGCCGUCAAAAGAAUUAUUUUACUCUAUGAAAAUUUUCAAUAUCGAGAAGCUGCAAAUUUCAUAAAUAGGCUAAGCCACGGAACGUUUAAAGUAAUAUUAAACGAUUUACCCAUCGAUUUUUUCGUCGAAUCAAUGCCUCACAGUUUAUCGAUAUUGGAAGCUCUUUACGCGAAAGUUUUCCUAUCGGACGGCCUUAAUUUUAGCAUGAAAUUACUUCGUCCCGAAGCGGUUGUCAUGCAAAUGGUUAAAUUUUUUUCAACCGGGGAUUUGGAUAAAAAUUCCGAUAAGUGGGAUUUGUGUGGGCCUUUUGUUUGCAGUUGUAAAAAAUUAUUGAAGGUGAUUGUACUGUCCGAUCAUAAACUUAAAAAAAUGGUUCAAGCGAGAAAAAGAAGUUUGGAUAAAGCAAUUGAAGGUUUGGGUCAACACGGUCUGGUAGGAACGACAGACGAAACGUUAACAAAUCUUCACGAUGCUCUCAAGGUCGAAUUUCAAAGAGUUGUUGAAACGUACAAAGGAGCCUUACAAAAAUUAGAAGAGCUCAGCCUUUCGAGUGGUAAAAAAGAUAUGAAUAGCACCAUUCGUGGUCCAGCUCCGGUUCAAGCUUCUCAUCAGAGACAGCUUUCGUUGAAACAACCGGAAAUACAAGAAAGAUUAAUUAAAAACAAAACUUUGUUGAAUGUUGUCGAACCAACUUUAGGCAAUCAUUCAUUGGAUAUACUUUUGGGAAUUCUUCAGCGUAGAAUAGAAUAUGACAAAGAAGUUUUAUUUCAAUUUACGCAAUUAAAAAAAGAAGCAAAUAUUAUUGAACCCAAUGCUGCCAUUGCUCCGGUACUAAUAAAAUUUUCCAGCGGUUGCGAAAAGGUAUUGGAUUUAAUGAAAGAAGUAGCAGACGACGAAGCGGAUUCGAGUGACAUAUCUGGAUACCAUAGCGAAUCAGAUUCUGCAAUAAUGAUGUCUGGCAAUUCACCAUACGUGAGCAAAAGAGCACGAUAUAAUUUUUUGACAAGAUCAGUCAGGUCAUGCAGUAAAAAUAGUUUAAGACCAUCCGUAGAACUUUUACAUCAUCAGUUAAGUUCUUCGUCUGGUAACAACACCAAUUCAUCCGGAACCGAUAGUCCUCCGGCGUCUUUAAGCCCAGUUAGAGACGAUAAAGAUUCAUCAUCCGGUAGUUCAUCCUCCGGUAUAGGAUCAAGUACAAACGGACCCGUUAGAUUACGACAACUUAAACAUAAAAAAUUAAGUGCCACUUCUGGAAUAUCGUGGAAUCAAAGUAUUCCAUCUUGUCAAGGAUGUAGUUCGAGAGCAGCCAUGCAAGUUUCUCCGCAAGUUCAAGAAACGACCGUUCUUAGAGCCGAAUUAGAAAAAUUGAGAAUCGAUCUUGCGAGAGCAAAUGGAAUGAUAUUGAACCUACAAGAAAAUGAAAAACGUCUCAAAUCCAAAUUGGAAUCAUCGACGGGUAUGCAGCAGCAGCAGCAGCAACAGCAACCACCACCUUCUGAUAAUGGAUUAUUAUUAGUGGGAGAACGUUUGGUUCGUUGUUUUGCUAAUUUAUACGCUCAAGCAAGAGUUGAUACGUUGGAUGCAUUAGACAAUCUUCCUCAAUUGAACAAUGCGACAGAAUUAAAAUCAAAAAUAUUAUUCUCCUUGUCAUUUCGUUGCGCUGAAAAUUUAUUAGCGACAAAAAAAGAUCACAUCAGAAGAAUUUUACAUCUGCCAAGUCCCAUCAAUAAGGAUUCUACGUCGAACGGUAGUAGUAGUAGUAGUAGCAGUAGCAAUAGUAAUAAUAAUAAUAAUAAAAAUAUUAAUUCCGUUAACGUCGUACAAAAUAAUAAUCAUCAUCAUCAUGUUGAAAACGAUUCAAUAUUUCAAGAACUUGAAAAAAGCGUUUCGACAUAUUUAAGAAAAACAAUCGAUAAAUUCGAUUUGACGAAAUGUAUCAACGACGUAUCGAAUCAAAUAUGGGCGACGCUUUACGAUUAUCCAUGUUUAAAAUCUUGCGCGGGAUUAAAUCAAUACGUAAAAGAUUCCGUAAGACUCGCAUGGGGACUCGUUAAUCAGUGUCCUCCUUACGUAUUGGAGUACGAAGAGAGAAAAUUUCGAAAGGAUAUGCACGUUAGAUUUCACACGUCGAAUCAAGAAAGCGAACAAAUACAAACAUAUAUGUGGCCGGCAUUAUUGGAAGGCGUGGGAGGGCCCUGCGUACAUAAAGCCGUCGUCAUAACAUAA